AUUCUAGUCUCGUUCGAGCGCAAGGCUGGUCACCGAGUGACCGCCCUGCUACCCUCUUCUCAACACCAUGGCUAAACUGCUGAGUGUAGCAUUAGGCUUAUUGAGCCAGCCAUUCACCCAUCUUUCCCAGCUAUCGCUCUUAGCUGAUUCUGCCUGGGUAAACAAUGGCCAGGUUAUCACCUCAGAGCUCUCCAACUCUAUCCAAGAGAUCCUCGAUAUUUGGAACAUCACUGGACUAUCUGUCGCAGUUGUUCCGAGGUACGGUGAACCGGAAUUUCGUUCAUGGGGAAACAUGACAGAAGACGUGCGAACUGCUCAAACAUUAUUCCACAUGGCAUCUGUGUCCAAGGCUUUCUGUGUGAGCGCUCUUGGAAUUUUGAUGGACGACUAUGAACAUGGAAGAAACGUUACGCCGCUUCCUCCCGCUCUGUCGGAAUUUAAUUGGCAUACCUUGGUAAAAGACAUCCUUCCGGGAGAAUGGCAAUUGAUGGAUGCCUGGGCAUCAGAGAAAGCAAAUAUGAAGGACAUCCUCUCUCAUGUGUCUGGCCUUGCUGGCCAUGACUACUCGUAUGGACCACACGAUAGCCCGAAAGAUGAUGUCUUGCGGAUGCGCCAUCUAAGGCCAGCUUUUGAACUUCGGGAACAGUGGUCGUACAACAACAAGAUGUUCACGACGGCCGCACAUAUCAUUGAAACUUACUCCGCACAAACAUACACAUCUUUUGUAGAGGAUCGAAUCUUCACGCCACUAGGAAUGACCUCUUCUACCUUUUCACCCGCAAAGGCUGGGAAGACUGGCAGAUUCACCCAAGGAUGGACUAACAGUGGCAGACUCAUACCUCAGUGUUUCACAGAAGAGAUCGUGACUCUGAUGGCCGGUGCAGGCGGCGUGAUUUCGAGUGCCGUAGAUAUGUCGAAAUGGGUUGCAUUGUGGCUUAACAAGGGCGUGCACAACAAUGUCACAGUCAUACCGCUGUCUGUGUAUGGAAACGCAUCGCAGUCGUAUUCCAUAAUCAUCGGCGCCUCAGCUGAUCCCGAGUUCUCGAUUCAGGGGUAUGGGAUGGGUUGGGGUAGAAACUCGUACCUAGGCCACGAUAUCGUACACCACACAGGGGGGCUUCCAGGAUUCUCUACACGGGCCUCAUUCCUUCCAAAUGACGAUAUUGGGGUCGUCGUUUUUGCCAACGGCGGCGAUCAAGCAACACCUGUGAUGAAUAUCUCCAACCUAAACCCGACACGUCGGAAAAAAAAACCAAUCACACCUCCAAACGAAAACGUCGUUGAUUUGGAACUUGCACUUGAAGAGUUCACAGGUACAUACACCAACGCUGGAUACGGCGCCAUCACUUUUUGCGGUCCUUCUGGCAGUUCCUCGUAUUGUCAGGAUGUGAUCUCCGACUUCGCUGCGGUGGAUGCAGGAAAGUCGGGUGCUCCCCAGCCAGUUCAGCUGUUCGCAGCAUGGCCUCGCAUAUGGUCAUCUCAUAUUCGAGGUGUGCACCGGUCCGGAAAUACGUUCGUGGUUCAGUAUACCUCGUUGUUCCCAGAAGGAUAUGGGUGCGAUACUACACCCUUUGAGACAUCGGAGAUCGGGUCAUCCGAGGCUAUGGCAGAGUUUGUUGUGGAAGAUGGAAAGGUUGUUGGGUUUGGCUUGGUCGGGCUGGCGGGCCGAGUAACGGAGAGGGAGCGAACGCACACGACUGUGAAAGACCGAGCUGAGGUUUGGUUCGAGAAGGUGUAGUGAUACAAAUGAUGUUAUACAUUUACCCCUAAGUUCCUAUUAGGCUAUGUCACAAUGAUUAUGUAAGUCUCGGAUGUUAACUUCUGUUACGGUCGAGGGAAUGUACUCUGGUGAUGAUUGAAUAUUUGAAUAUUGAUCAAAGGUGAAAAGUACAAAGGAUUAUGGGUUACGUGCGGCCCUUGUUUAUCGUUGUGUUGCGAUCAUGGACGUGACACUGAUGGGAAUUGCAUUCUAUACAAGCAUCAUGCAUCGCCGACAUUGUGUGACCUGUAGUCCUCUAUAGCUA